AUGUCCGACCCAUGCAAGCCACAGGCCUGCGCUAUUCAAGACUGUCUCAGAAAGAACGGGUUCAAUGAAAGCGGUUGCACGCAGUUGAUCGACCAGCUGUACCAGUGUUGUUCGAAAUUUUACCUGGAAAACGGAUCCGAGGCCCGCUCGCCUUGUUGCCCCAUCCCGCGCCUGCUCCAGUUCAAGAUGGAACAGCGCGCGAGGGAGGAGCUCGAUGCCAAGUUACUCGACAAGUAG